AUGAAUGUAAUUCCAGAUCUAAGUCUCCGACUAAAAGGAUGUAAUAGAAGGAAUAGGAAAGUGACAAUACUGGAGGACCCUGAUCAGAACAUUCACCUGAAAAACUUGACUCUCCAUCAGGCAACCACAGAGGAAGAAGCUCUGAAUUUGCUUUUUUUAGGAGACACCAACCGAAUGAUUGCAGAGACUCCUAUGAACCAAGCUUCAACUCGUUCCCACUGCAUUUUUACUAUUCAUUUGUCAAGUAAGGAACCAGGAUCUGCAACAGUACGACAUGCCAAACUCCAUCUGGUUGACCUGGCUGGUUCAGAGCGAGUCGCGAAGACUGGAGUAGGGGGCCAUCUUCUAACAGAGGCCAAGUAUAUCAACUUGUCACUGCAUUACUUAGAACAGGUUAUCAUCGCCCUUUCAGAAAAGCAUCGUUCACACAUUCCUUAUAGAAACUCCAUGAUGACCAGUGUCCUACGAGACAGUUUGGGAGGGAACUGCAUGACAACUAUGAUUGCAACACUCUCCUUGGAGAAGAGGAAUCUCGAUGAGUCUAUAUCUACCUGCAGAUUUGCACAGCGAGUGGCACUCAUAAAGAAUGAAGCUGUUCUUAAUGAAGAAAUUGAUCCCAGAUUGAAAGCACCAAGCUCCUCUGAUGGAGUUCUCUUCUGGAGAAACCAAUGGGUGAGGCAGCAUCGAUUUCAGCAUAGGCCCUGGUCAGGUAUCACACAGUGUUCCUGCUGGAGAAAGAAGACAGAAUGCAAAGGCAUGAUUCAGGCGGAACUGAACUCCUAGGUGGAUUUUGUUGCUGUCCCUACCCUUCCAGUAGUCCUAUAGCAUUACAAUGCCGAAUGAGAAAGAGAGUUAACAAAGUGACUAGCCCAAGACAAAAACUAGUUCAGAAUUUACGGAAAAUAAACAUAUUAGACAUUG